GUCCCAGUAACUAGAUAUGUGCUUUGUGUUAUAAAGUGCUUAUCUGGUUCCAAGAACUCUGCUGUGGGAGUGAAUCGGGCUCUUCCACGCGUUGAAACGCAGAUACACUAGAUACCGUGUCCGGAUACAACACGCAACCCACCAACUCUUUGAGCUAUCAUGGCGCGCGAGUGUGUGAUCUGUAACGAAGUCGACAGUGAGGAGUCCCCACUCAUCGAGCUACCUUGUUUCCGGCACUGGGUCUGCCAAGAAGGCUGUGUCGCUUCAUACUUUGAGAACGCGACUGCGAACGAGAGCCUCUACCCACCGCAGUGUUGCAAGGAGCCCAUCCCGCUCGAGCGGUUCGAUGAGUUCGUUCCUGCUGAAGUGAAAGCUGCUUUUCUCGCUAAGGAGCAGGGAGAAUACACCAUCUUGCCCAAGUACCGCGUUUACUGUGCGAACACCGCUUGCAGCAAAUUUUUGCAUCCAAAUGGCCACAUACACGAUGCAGACUCCAACAUGACAUAUGCUGUUUGCGACAGUGACGAUUGCUUCCAGGCGACUUGCUGUUCCUGCAAGAUGCUGCUUGCAGAUGGAACCGAAAGCCACGUCUGCGAGAUCAAUGAUGAAGACCAACUAUUCAAGGAGACCGUCGCAAAACGGGGAUUCAAGGAGUGCUUUGUCUGCGGUGCCACGAUAGAGCUUGCUGAAGCCUGCAAUCACAUCACGUGCGAGUGCGGAAACAACUUCUGCUACAUCUGUGGAAAGGAGUGGGCUGGCGAACAUGGCUGCCCGCAAUACGGCCCAGCAAAUUACGACGAAGACGGGUUCAAUGUGCGCGGGUAUCAUCGCGAGUCCGGCCUGAACCGUGAUGGCCGCACGUUCCAUGAGCAAAUGCAGAUCGACCGUGGAGAAGGCGCGAUUGGCGAUAGCGAUGAGGAUGAUGAGCAAGAGGGCGAUGAUGGCGAGGACGGCGAUGAGUUCGGGAACGACUUGUGGCAUCAAAUCCUCAGCCACGUUGAUCCGGCUCGUAGGGCCAUGCUCGAGAGCGUUGACCCUGAUGAACGCGAAGAUGCCUUGAUACAGCUCCAAGUUGAGCUGAUCGACCAAGGUGUCGUCUUCAAUGUCCAAGCUCCUCCUGCCCCGCAGCAGCAACAAGUUGAAGGUGACGGUGGAGAUGAGCUUGGUGGCAACGACGACGGCGAGGGCAGCGAUGACAGCGAGGACGAUGAUGGAGAUGAGGAAAAUGAUGUCCUUGAUCAAGAGGUUGGUAUUCAAGAGGAAGACACCCAGGAGGAGCGUGCUCAAGAGGGUCAAAUCGAGAACGCCGAAGUCAUCCAAGGUAUUGUUCCCAGUAUGGGCGGUGAAGAGCCUAUGUUCGACUUCGAUGAGGACGACGGUAACCUCUACACGGCGGAUAUUGCUCCCCCAAAUCGCCAGGUCAACAAUGACAACCCUCUUCUGGCAGGAGCUUGGGUCGAUUCGGAGCCGCCCUCGCCCGAUAACCUCUCAUCUGGCACUACAUCCACCAUUGAAUCGCCCGUAACUUCGCCGGAGGCAUUCGCAGAGCUCAGCGACCAAGGAGAGCGUGGUUCCCGUUACGACCUUUGAGCCUACUCUUCAUCUGAAGGCAGCGGGCAAGACUCUUGUGCGUUGUGAAUCGUGUCCAAGUAGGUGGCACCACCACAACUCACGAAUCUCUAUCAUUGCUUUCUUCCUUUGCUACA